CCAGAAGAGGCAGAGGUGCUCCUUCCCCUCCCCGGUCCAAACUUCACUCACAAAGCCCGAUAUUAUAUCUGUCAGGCAAGACAUUUGCAUGGACAAACCCCGGACUAAUACCCGUGUUUUCGUGCGAUUUAUGGCGAUGAGGGAUUUCAGAGGCUUAACGCACCUCCGAUUGCCAAACAAGGGGCUUUUACGCUCAAUUAUUUGCUAGAGAAAAAAGUGGGAAAAGGCGAAGGGGAGUGCAUGUUACUCGGAGGGCUUCAUUUCCUCGAUGCUGCAGAGCAGGAGCUGGAUGACAUGAUGCUGCAGAGCCCGCUCACCUCCACGCCGUUUUCUGUCAAGGAUAUCCUGAAGCUGGAGCAGCAGCAACAACAACAGCAACAGCAGCAGUCCGGAACCCUGGAGCUCACGCACCGAAUCCAUACCCAGCAGCACUUGUCCCGCUCUCCUCCCCAGCAGCAGCAGCAUUUCCAAACCGCGCCGUCCUGCAUGCUUGCCGGAGCCCGGGACAGCCCUUCCUUCUCGGACGGAGAAGACAACCUGGCUUACCUCAGCGCGCUUGCAGUGCGGGAGGAAGAACGGGGGGACACCAGCCUAUCUCCGGACAUGUACGUGCAUCCCGGCUUGCAGGGAGCCAAGUUGGAGGCCGCCGAGCUGGAGGAGCAGGAAAGCAAAAACUGCGGGCUGGUGUCCCGGGAGGAAGCAGCCGAGGGCGGACAGGGCGACACGGAGAGGCCGGUGCAGAAACAGAGGAGCCGGCGGAGACCCAGAGUGCUUUUCUCCCAGGCGCAGGUCUUCGAGCUGGAGAGGCGCUUCAAGCAGCAGCGCUACCUGUCCGCCCCGGAGCGAGAGCACCUGGCGACCACCCUCAAACUCACUUCUAACCAGGUGAAGAUCUGGUUUCAGAACCGCCGCUACAAGUGCAAACGGCAGCGGCAAGACAAGUCUCUGGAAGCGACGGGACAGCAUCAUCCUCCGCCGCCGAGGCGCGUGGCCGUGCCGGUGCUGGUUCGGGAUGGGAAGCCAUGUCUGGGAGGAGCGCAGAGCUAUGCCGCCGCGGCUACUGCUCCGUACGGAUCCAAUCCGUACGGCUAUAACGGAUACCCGGCCUACACGUACAACAGCCCGGCGUAUAACACCAACUACAGCUGCACCUACACCAGUAUCCCCGCCCUUCCUCCCUCCGGCACCCCCAACGCCUUCAUGAACAUGAACUUGGGAAACGUGAGCGGCCUCGGCAGCUCCCCACAGGCUCAAACACACCAAGGGACAGCGGUCACAUCUUGUCAGGGCUCGCUGCAGGGGAUCAGGGCCUGGUAGCCUCACCAUAACAGAACCAGUAUCUUUUUUUUAAACGGAGUUUUUCAACCCACAUUCUUUCCUUUAGAAGUGUGUAUUAACCUGGUCAAAAUACAGCCAGAAUACAGUAUUGCUUAUAACGGAUGCGCGUUUGGAUUCACUUUUCCGGAUAUUUGGAGAAUUAUAGAGAAAAUUAGUUUCCGUAAUUUGCUGGUUGUCGAAUUUCUGAACAGAACUGGCUUGGGUGAAUUUUUUUUCUGUGGUCCAAUAUUUGUUGGUGCUCUAGUUCGGCACUGAAGCACAGAGGGGAAGUUACGCACAAGUUUGCGCAUUUCUCCUUAAUUGAACUGAAAAAGACUGUUUUUUAACGAUUGUUUUUGUCGUUUAUAUUUUUAGGUUAUGGAGAGACUGAACUGCUUUAAAAUGUUUUUUUUGUUCAACAGAGAAUUGUUUUAGUCUAUUUCACAUCUAUACAAAUAAACCCAAGAGAUUA